AUGAGUAGAUACAAUUAUGCAUCUGGGGCGAAUUACGUCAAAAUACUCGAACAGAUCGGGGCUGACCUCACCGGAGUAUCGGAUUACCAUUUUGAAACGGAGAGUUCGAUUGAAUUUAUAGUUAUGCAUGAUCAAAUUGAUAAGUUCAAGGAAUACUUAACUCAAAAUUCAAUAUCUGGUGAUAUUUUUCUCGAAAUUCCUAAUUUCUGGUACAAUGCUUAUCACGAUGAUGGAUAUUAUGCAGAGUUAUCACUAAUUGAAGCAUGUGCCUACUUUGGAUCUGUUAAUAUUUUUUAUUUCUUGAUUUCGAAUCAAAUCAGUAAAAUAACUGAAUGGUGUCUUAGCUACUCAGUAAUUGGAGGAAAUCAAGACAUCAUCAACGAAUGCUUGAAAGAAAAUAAAAUGGAUAUUGAUUGUCUCAGAAGCAUUAUAAGAUCACACAAUCACGAAUUACUUGAAUAUGUUUUAGAUAGAGAGAUUUUCGAGCUUGAUGAUUUAUACGGUGAGGAUUGGAAAUCGGGAAAAGAAAAUAAUUGUAUGGGAGAUGCAAAUUAUAGACCUAUUUAUAAAGAUAUCAUCAGAUUUCAAAACCUUAAUGCUGUAUUUCUUCUAUUCAAAAGGAAUAAAUAUUACAUCUUUCCAUGGGGUGCUGCAUUUCCGCAAACAAUAGAUAUUUUCAAAAACAAUACAUUUUCUAACAAACAUAAUCGCACUAAAUGUGGAAUUAUUUAUUUUGCAUGUAGAUCGAAAAAUUCUGAUAUUUGCAGAUUAUUACUUGAGUCAUACAAUCAAAUUAUAGUCAACAAUAAACAGGGUAUAGAUAUCAAUGAAAAAGAUGAUGAUGGAGAAACCGCUCUUCAUUUUGCAGCAUUAAAUAAUAAUAGAGAAAUAGCCGAACUUCUUAUUUCACAUGGUAUAAAUAUCAAUGAAAAAGAUAAUAAUGGACAAAAUGCACUUCAUAUUGCAGCAUUAAAUAAUAGUAAAAAAACAGCCAAACUUCUUAUUUCACAUGGUAUAAAUAUCAAUGAAAAAGAUGAUGGAAAAACCGCUCUUCAUUAUUCAGCAUUAAAUAAUAGUAAAGAAACAGCCGAACUCCUUAUUUCACAUGGUAUAAAUAUCAAUGAAAAAGAUAAUAAUGGGAAAACUGCACUUCAUUAUUCAAUGGAAAAUAAUUGUAAAGAAAUAACACAACUUCUUAUUGCACAUGGUGCAAACAUCAAUGAAAUAAGAAAAUUCUAUUAA